CAUUCACGAUACGCAAUGCACAUUUGCAUAGCAAACUCUACAGCUUGUUCAAUGCUGGCCCGUCAGCAACUCAUCCUCCCUACAGCUCUCUCGACCCGAUAACAAUGGAUCCAGACCCAGCGCCUCUCACACUCCCACCAGCGACCCUCCACUUCCCACUAUCCCCUCACCCCGACUCCGACGAGCACCGUAAGAAAUAUAACCAGCGAACAGCGAAGGAAUUGACCUCUCUUUCGCCCUCCGGUUCUGCCUACGCGUCGUCCUCUUCUCCCAAUGAGCAACGCUCCCAAGGAGGGCCCUCGCGCUCUCCCAACGCGGCCCCAACCCACCCGCGCAAUAGCUUCGGCUUGUCAAGAACAUCGCAGUCUCUAAGAUCUAGACCUUCGCGUAGACACUCAGAAUCCCUCACCACGGUGCCGGAUGAGGAUUGGGAGGCAGACGCGAGCCGGAAUCAGCUCCGGCGGCAGACACCGCACUGGUAUGAUGGGAUUACAAAGUGGUGGAAGGCCCAGAUUAGUGUUACGAUUGAUGAAGGGCAGCAUCGGGAUCAUUUAGCCCUCGAAAGGACCUUCCUGGCCUAUCUCCGCACCUCCCUCGCCUUCGCCAUGACCGGCGUUGUAAUUGCACAGCUCUUCCGCCUGCAACACGCUCUCCACCCUAAUCCCGCGCUCGGCUUCUUCGUCCUCGGCAUCCCCCUCGCCGCAACCUUCAUCGGCGCCGCCGUCGUGAUCCUUCUCAUUGGCGCGUUCCGAUUUUGGAGACAACAGAACGCUAUCAUACGCGGAUAUGUAUACGCGGGCGGUUGGGAGAUUACGUCGAUAAUGAUACUUGUGAUUGUGGUGAGUGGGAUGCUGUUUUUCUAUAUGUGCGCGAGCUGACGGGUGGGGAGCUUUCCUUGGUCGUGUUUGUGUUCGCCGUGGCCAUCGAUAUCGAGAAGGAGAUGACUUCUUGAGGGUGAGGUCCUUUCCUAGGUUUCUGGAGGUGGAGAAUGGCUUGCAUUUGGGAGAAAACGGCG